AUGAGUGCUACAGCUCAUAGGACUCCUAAAUCAGGGAGGCAAUCUCUGCUCUUUCAAGAUUUAGCUUCUCCGGUUUCAGCACGCAGAGGUAAAUUCUCGAGCCCUGGACAGGCAGCUGCGGUAUCUGCACUAUGGCGCGAGAAUUUCGGAGGGUCGGAUCUUCCACCACCUCCAAUGUAUACUUUGGAUGACCGGUCGGAUUUCUCUCCUGAGUCAGGCAUUGCAGACUACUCGGUGUCUCCAGAUGCCAAAUCCGAUAGGCGGACGCCUUUCCAGAGUUCUGGGAAAAAUGUUGCAACUCCUAGUAAAGGAAAUUUAGAAGCAAGCCCAUCUUUUUCUCUACUGAGUGCACAACAGAGUCAGCAAGCUUCAGGGAGUACGAGUUGGUGGUCGCAGCCAAAGGCAGGUAGUAGUACCGAGCAGGAUGAUAAAGGAAAGGGAUCUCCUGUUGAAGGAGUGAUUCAGCCAGGUGCUUUGGUCACUCUUCCGCCGCCAAGAGAAGUUGCUAGGCCAGAGGUUCAGAGGCAGAUCAUACCAACAGGAAACAUUGAAGAGGAAGAAUGGGUCACUGUCUAUGGAUUUUCUCCAGGUGAUACGAAUUUGGUACUAAGGGAGUUUGAAAAGUGCGGUAUGAUCUUGAAACAUGUUCCUGGUCCAAGGAAUGCUAACUGGAUGCACAUCCUCUAUCAGAACCGGUCUGAUGCACAUAAGGCGCUAAGCAAAGCCGGGAUGAUGAUCAAUGGAGUGGUAAUAGUAGGAGUAAAGCCAGUAGAUCCAAUACAGAAGCAAGCCUUAAACGAAAGACUCAACAACCAAGGAUUCAUGCCUUUACCUCCACCAUCAUCAACUAGAGACUCUGAGUUUAACACAGCGAGGACCUCCUCUCGUCCUCACUACUUGCAAAACGGAAGCGCUUUCUCCCCUCAACCAAGUGGCGGCGCCAUGGCCACUCCGUCAAAGUCCAUGGUCUCAAAGUUCUUUGACUUGAUGUUCGGUGUUUAA